UUUGACCGUUUAAAAACAAACGUUUGUUAUUUUAAUAUUUAUUCAUAUAAAUAUUAAAACAAUAUUCUAUUAAUGUUUUUAGAGAAUCUAUGACUUCAGUGAAAUGUUAUCGAAAUGAACCUUUUACAAAGUAUACUUCAGUUAAUUCGUCGUUUUUUUGAAACAAUAUUUGCCAAGCGCAUUACUAACUCAUUGUUGAUAUAUGUCAAAGCUAACACUGGCGCUGUUGUUCCUGUUGGUUUGGAUCCAAAAUGGGAAGUAAAAGACAUGAAGGAGUUUGUAGCGCCUAAAUUAGGAAUGGCUGCUGAAGAAUUAAUGAUUAUAUUUGCGGGCAAGGAAUUGCACGAUUCUGAGUUAUUAGAAGAAUAUAACCUUGCUGAACAAACAGUAUUACAUGCUGUCAAAUCAAGACAUCGGUCAAUUAAACAAGACCAUAAAGUAUCAAUUUGUAUUGAAGAAGAUAUUGAAGAUGAUGAAUUUGAUGAUGACAAACGAACAGCUGCUAAUUUUUAUGUAUACUGUUCAUCACCUUGUGCUACCAUGACAAUCGGUAAAAUUCGAGUUCGAUGUUUUAAGUGCAAAAGUGGUGCAUUUACAGUAGAUGGUGAUCCAAAAAAUUGGAAUGAUGUACUUAAACCUAAAAGAAUAACAGGUCAUUGUGAAUUAUCUCAAUGUACAGAUGGAGAAGUUGGUUGGUCUGAAUUUUUCUUCAAAUGUUCAGAACAUAUUACUAAAGGUGAAACUGAUGAAGCUGUAGCAUUACAUCUUGUCCGAAACAACUUGCAUAAUAUACCCUGUCUAGCAUGCACGGAUGUGAAACCAAAAGUUUUUGUUUAUCCUUGUGCUGACAGUCAUGUGACAUGCUUAGAAUGUUUUUGUGAUUAUGCUGUCAGUAGACUUAGAGAACGACGAUUCAUUUUAGAUUCAAACAUAGGAUAUACCUUACCCUGUCCAGCUGGUUGCUCUAACAGUUUUAUUAAUCAGUUGUAUCAUUUUAAAAUAUUACAAAAAGAACAGUAUGACAUGUAUGAAAGAUUUUCUGCUGAAGAGUUUGUGCUUCAACAAGGAGGAGUUUUAUGCCCACAACCUGGAUGUGGUGCAGGAAUUUUAGUAGAUGAUGACUGUGAUAAAGUAACAUGUUUCAAUGGAUGUAAGUACGUGUUUUGUAAAAAAUGUCGACAAGGUUAUCAUAUUGGAGAUUGCUUACCUAUAGAAGAGCAACUAAUUAAAAAUAUUACAGAUUACUCUGUAGAUCCUAAAUUAGCUUCACAAGCUAAGUGGGAUGAUGCAAGUAAUAUAAAAAUUAAAGUUUCCACAAAGCCAUGUCCUAAAUGCCGAACUGCUACAGAGCGAGAUGGAGGUUGUAUGCAUAUGGUAUGUACACGAUGUUCAUUUUCAUGGUGUUGGCUUUGUCAAACUGAGUGGACCAGAGAUUGUAUGGGAAGCCACUGGUUUAAUUAAUCGGUUCGAGUUUAUUAAAUUUUAAUAAAGUUGAUCAAAGAGAAUAAUUAAUAUUAAUUAUUCAAUCAAAUUUUAUUAUUAUUAUUACUAUUAGAGAUUUUAUUAUUAAAUAAUCAAAUCUGUUAUGGUAAAUUUUACUAUAACCUUUUAUUGAAUUUUUGUGUUGAUUAUUAGAACAAAUAUUACUUAACAGAAAUGGAUGAGAACUCUAAAAUUUGAAAAAUUAAUUUUAAAUUGUACUAAACUGAAAUUUUUUAAUUUUAUCUA